AUGUUGAACAUUGCAACCAGAACAGCCCGGCAAUCUUCCUCCGCAAGAAGACUAGCCCGUAUCACAACCUGCGUGGCUCUAGCUCGCGCCAUUGAUGCCCCUGCCGUCCAUUUAGGAGCACGAAGGGCAGCUCUUCAAUUUGGGUCGAGUGAAAGAUCCUUUCACGGCACAGCUGCCAACCAAGAGCGUCAACCUAUUAGGAAUAGCCCAAAGGCUCUACUACCCGAGUUCAGCUUGAAGGACAAGGUCAUUAUCGUGUCAGGCGGCGCUCAGGGCCUUGGGCUGACCCAAGCAGAGGCCUUGCUAGAAGCAGGCGCCACUGUGCAUGUGUACGACAGACAACCCCAGCCUGGCCCCGGCAGUUGGUACGAUGAUGUCGCCAAGCGUGCCGCGGGUGAGCUUGAGACCGCUUUGAUUUACCAUCAGGUUGACGUGCGAACCGGAGUCGAUGAUAUUAAUCGAAUCACGGAGGAGAUCGCGAAUGAGCACGGCCACAUUGAUGGGUUGAUCGCCGCGGCCGGAAUCCAACAGGAGACCCCUGCCCUCGAGUACACAGCGGCCGAUGCAGACAGAAUGCUUGGGGUGAAUGUGACAGGUGUGCUGAUGACAGCCCAAGCCGUCGCCCGACAAAUGGUGCGUCUGAAGCAGCAAGGAAGCUUGGUUCUGAUCGCCAGUAUGAGCGGCACCAUUGCUAAUCGUGGUUUAAUCUGCCCGGUGUAUAAUGCCUCGAAAGCCGGUGUUAUCCAGCUGGCUCGCAAUCUAGCCGCUGAGUGGGGCGAGUAUGGUAUUCGGGUCAACACCAUCAGCCCCGGCUAUAUAGUUACGGAAAUGGUUCAGAGAUUGUUUGAGAAGUUCCCAGAGCGCGAAGUUGAGUGGCCGAAGCACAACAUGCUGAACAAGCUCAGCAAGCCCGAGGACUACCGCGGCGCCGCCGUCUUUCUGCUCAGCGAUGCCAGUCGUUUCAUGACAGGCAGUGAUCUGCGCAUUGAUGGCGGACAUGCCGCGUGGUAG